AUGCCUAUAGACAGCUUAUACAAUCCUCAUUAUGGAUACUUUUCGAAACAUGCUACCAUCUUUCACCCCGGAGAACCGUUUGAUUUCAGUCAUAUCGAAGACGGACCUCACUUCCACCGCUUGUUAGGAGAGCGCUACACCGAAUUUGAAGAUAAGUUGGACGAAAUAAACCCAGACAUUGCUCGCCAAUUAUGGCAUACGCCAACAGAGCUGUUCCGACCGUACUACGGAGAAGCCAUUGCUCGUUAUCUUGUGACGAAUUAUCGAUUGACACUCUAUCCGUACCAUGAUCUGAUAAUCUACGAGAUGGGAGCUGGAAACGGAACUUUGAUGUUGAAUAUUCUGGAUUUUAUUCGCGAUUCAGACCCAGAAGUCUAUCAACGCACUAAGUUCAAAAUCAUUGAGAUCUCGUCGUCACUCGCGAAAUUACAAAAGCAAAACCUGUUCGCUUCUGUCGACAAAAGGGGCCACACAGGGCAUGUUGAGAUUAUCAACAAGUCUAUCUUUGAGUGGAAUGAAUACAUCCACUCCCCCUGCUUCUUCCUAGCGUUGGAAGUAUUCGACAACUUCUCCCACGACGCUAUUCGCUACGACUACGAGACCGAAAUGCCGCAACAGGGCGGCGUGUUGAUUGACACCGAUGGCGAGUUUUGCGAAUACUACAACAUCAACCUUGAUCCUCUCGCAGCCCGAUUUCUGAGGGCCCGCCAGGCAGCGGCUCGUCGACCAUUCCCGACACCUUUACCGUCGAAACUCUCUCGAAACAUACGCAGCACCUUGCCGAUUGGAAGACGCGACUUUACUCUUCCAGAGUACAUACCAACCCGACUUAUGCAGUUCUUCGAUAUACUGCGCGACUACUUCCCUGCCCAUCGCCUUUUGACAAGUGAUUUUAGCAGUCUCCCAGACGCCGUGCCGGGACUGAACGCACCAGUAGUGCAAACUCGCUAUAGACGUCGCACGGUGCCAGUCUCAACUCCAUUCGUCCACCAAGGCUACUUUGAUAUCUUCUUCCCGACCGAUUUCAACGUCAUCGAAGACCUCUACCGCGCCAUCACCGGGAAAUUGACUUUUGUCAGCAGCCACCAGGAAUUUAUGGAACGAUGGGCUUAUAUAGGCGAUACUGAGACGCGAAGCGGCGAGAACCCACUGUUAACCUGGUACAAAAACGCUAAGGUUCUUGCUACGGUAUGA